CUAACACCUCCCUUAAGAUGAGGAAAGCCAUUGUGGAGCUUUGCGACCUUGUUUCCACUCGUGGGGCUCGUUUAUCUGCCGCUGGGAUCUUAGGAAUCGUUAAGAAAUUGGGAAGAGACGCAAUAAGGGACGGGGAGAAGCAGAAAUCGGUUAUAGCAUUGGACGGCGGGUUGUAUGAGCACUACACAAAGUUCAGAGCUGGCAUGGAGAGUGCCCUCAAGGAGUUGUUGGGGGAGGAAGUUGCAGGUAACAUUUUAAUUGAGCACUCCAAUGAUGGCUCUGGAAUUGGAGCCGCUCUUCUGGCGGCGUCUCACUCCCAGUACUUAGAGGUAGAAGAUUCGUAAAGAAAUGGUUAAAAGCUUUAAAGAAGACAAAAGAAGCAUGGCAUUUCAAUUUUGCAUACUUUCUGUCUGUCCC